CCCCAUCUCCGCCACUAUCCAAGCUCUCGCCGCGCCACCGCCACCGCCACUACUACUAGAGGAAUCUUCAACUGUUGCCUCUUGCUCUCUAGCUAGUAGUGGUUGCCAUCGUGCUACUACCGCCACCGCCACCGCAGCCGCCCAAACCCUAACCCUGAUGCCGCAGCAGGAGGUGCCCGACCAGAUCGCCGCCGGCUGGUUCGCCGUGGAGCCGUCGGAGCGGCCUGGGAGCCUGCAGAGGAGCGGCUCCAACAGCCGCCUCAACGCGCAGGCGCCAGAGUUUGUGCCGCGGGUCGCCGCGGUGGUGCCACCACGACGAGCGAUGGUCCGCGUGUUCGCAGCGCCUCCACCGCCGCCUCGCACGGCUUUCUUCGCGGCGCCCCCGCCUCCCCCGCCAUUCGACUUCUUUGCGCCGGUGAGGGUUGGCGCUGGAUUUGUUGCCAAGGAGCCGGAGCCGGAAUUGGAGCGCUCGGCGCCAGCGGCGGCUGAGCCGUCCACGGCCGACGGGCUUGCCGAUGAGGUGGCGCAAAAGAUUACCAAGCAGGUGGAGUAUUAUUUCAGUGACAUAAACCUGGCUACUACGGAACAUCUGAUGAGAUUUAUUAGCAAGGAUCCUCAGGGAUAUGUGCCAAUAUCAGUUAUUGCUGGCUUCAAGAAAAUAAAAGCUUUAGUGCAUAACAACACAAUGCUUGCUGCAGCUCUCCGCACCUCAUCAAAACUUAUUGUAAGUGGUGAUGGGAAAAGAGUAAAACGUCGACAUCCAUUUACUGAAUCUGAUAUGCAGGAGUUCCAGUCCCGAAUUGUUGUUGCAGAAAAUCUUCCUGGUGAUCCUUCUUACCAGAAUCUUAUGAAGAUCUUUUCAGCUGUUGGCAGUGUGAAAUCAAUUCGUACAUGCUAUCCUCAGACUCCAAACGGCCCUGGUCCUGCUACUAAUAGGUCUGCCAAGCUAGAUAUGCUUUUUGCCAACAAGCUGCAUGCCUUUGUGGAGUACGAGACUCAUCAGGAUGCCGAGAAGGCAAUUCUGGAGCUAAAUGAUGAAAAGAACUGGAGAAAUGGGCUUAGAGUACGGCUCCUGAAUACUUGCAUGACAAAGGGGCCGGUAAAAGGGAAAAAGGGAGCACAUGAAGGUGAUGGAAAUUGCGAGGAGGAUGUCUCCACAUCAAACCAAUCGAACGAGAGACAACUUGAAGGAUCCUUUCAAAUCUCAGAUGUAUUGCCAGAGCACUUGUUUGAUGAUAACUCCAAUGACAAAGAAGGUCCGAAGAGUGGCAAAGGCCGUGGCCAUGGCGGCAGAGGCCGUGGGCGUGCUCACCAUCAACAAAACAACAAUCAGCACCACAAUCACAAUGGCAGCAACCAUCACCAGGUUAUCAACCGUGGUGGCACCCAUCCGGUCGGCACGCCGCCGAACAAGCAGCCCGUCAAGCCUGAGCAGCCACUACCUGUGGCCAACAAACAACCUCCUGGCCCACGUAUGCCAGAUGGAACCCGUGGUUUCGCCCUGGGCAGAGGGAAGCCGCAACCAUUACUGACAGGGUUGUGCGCUGUAGAGCCUUAAAGCCAUCACUGUGGUCUCAUGUUGAUAUAGAUGGUGGUUUCAGUUCGAACUAAGCCUGUAUGGAUGUGUGUGCUUUGGUUUUUUGGACUUCUCAUCGUCGACCAAUGGUUGGUCUCUGCACUUCAAAACUGGAGGUGUGCUGGUGUGUGAGAUGCACGGUUAAGCUCACUACCUUAUUAUUGUACUUAGUUCUAUCUUGUAUCUUGUGGGGACUUACUAGUUACUAUUACCUGACUUAAAAAAAGGAGCAGAUUGAAAUGAAAA